CAGUUGCACCCUUAGACUACAGUUCAGUGCGGGAGCAGACAUACUGUUUGACGCAAUCUGAUUCAGAGGGGAGAAACGAACCUUCAACGAGAGGACGUAAGCGGCUGACGAACAAGGAGAAUCUGGACUUUUAAAACCGUUAGUGUUAUUUGCAAGGAGCCAACAACAAAAAGGACAAAGCACAAAGGAUACUGCUCUUUCCCUUGGAUUGCUUCGCCUCCAGGAAAUUCUCAUUCCCCUCCUUUCGAUCCAGAAGGGAGGUGACAGAGCUGCGACAGCUGCAGAGAUGAAGUACAACUACCCCGCGCCGGUGUCCACCUACACACGAAGUUCACAGUACACACCGGCGUACCACUCGCCGUCUUACUACAGCCCUUCACAUUACACGCCGGCAGCCACGUACGCGAACGUUUCCAAGUACACCCCAACGACACCGAGCAGCACUUAUUACACGCCGUCACUUUACACGUCCACGUACAAGGCCGCGUCCAAGUACGUCCCUUCGUACAGCGACGUUUCGAGGUACACCUCGACACGUCGCACUCAAGCGCAGCAAACCCGUGCGCGUGUGAUACCCGUGGCACCCGCGAAAAGGACUGUGCACUUCCCCAAUGACAUCAUCUUCCAGGACAUCGUCAGGAGAGGGGACCUGGAGCAAAUCGGACGCUUCAUGAGAGCAAGGAAGGUCCGUGUGGAUACACUCUUCCACUCAGGUAUGGCGGCUCUGCACGAAGCCGUGUUAACGGGAAACCUGGAGGUGGUGAAGCUCCUGAUCAAAUAUGGCGCCGACGUCCACCAGAGGGACGAGGACGGGUGGACGCCGCUGCACAUGGCCUGCAGUGACGGCUACCCGGAAAUUGCAAGGUACCUCCUGUCAGUGGGGGCAAGCACAGAAGCUGAGAAUGAAAGCGGGGAAAAGCCUGCAGACCUCAUUGACCCGGACUGUAAAGAGCUGGCUAAACUGUUUGAGACAGGCUGUGUGUGAGCACACGUGCACAUGACGAGUGAGGAAAAAGACACAAACGUGAUAAAAAAAAAAAAAAAUCUAUAAAAAUAAGUGGCAACACUAGUCAACCAUUUUUGCUGCAGCUUGUGCAAUGCCACUGAUUCCAGAAAGCAACAUUCUGGUUCUAACGUUGAUGAUUGCAUUUCAUCUGUAAAGGUCAUUCAUCUUUUAAAAGAUUGUAAACUAUACCAUGUUUGUAAUAACUGUCAUAUCAGAGCUGUAAAUAAUAUCGUGUGACUGUCUGAAAUGUGACCCUGAAACUAAAUGUCCUUCCCUGUAAAUUCUA